AUGUCUACAACGACAAAAGAGAUACUCCCCGCCAAUACCGUUCUAAUAGCCGGUGGUGGCCCAAUAGGACUUUUCCUCGCAACAGUCCUAUCCCACCAUGGUGUGCACUCGGUCCUCCUCGAGCGCAAUGAAACGACUACCAAAUGGCCGAAGAUGGAUCUCACAAACGCGCGGUCUAUGGAGAUGUUGCGGCGCCUUGGUCUUGCCGAAGAAAUGCGCAAGCUCGGUGUGCCAAGUCACGUUUCGCACAAUGUGUUGAUAUCAUCCGGUCUCGCGGCGAAGGAGCCGGUGGCUAAAUGGGAGUUGCCUAGCGUGGAUGAGUUUCGGCGGAGAAUCGCAGAGAACAACGAUGGGUCGAUGCCAAGAGAGCCGUGGCAGAGGCUUAGUCAGGUCAAGUUUGAGAAGUGGUUGAAAGAGAAGUGUGAAGAAAAUGAAAUGAUUGAUGCGAGGUAUGGAUGGAAGAUCGAGCAUGUUGAAGUAAUCGAAAGCAAAGUGAGGACUGAAGCGACGAGACUCAAGACUGGAGAAACGAAGGUCUUCAUCUCGGAGUAUGCGGUGGGGUGCGACGGGGCUUCAAGUGCGGUGAGGAGAUCCUUGGGGAUGCCGCUUGAUGGUGGGCCGGUACCUACAUGUGUUCUUCUCGUGCACUUCAAAUCGCGCGACCUAACGCGUAUUCAAAAGCAAGGCCAAUUUUGGCACAGUUUCUUCGUUGUCGAACCAGGAGUCUUUGGCGGGGCAAUAAUUGCCCAAGACGAGAUUGAAACGUGGACUGUCCACUAUUUUCUUCCUCUUGGAACCGAUACUUCAACUAUCAGUUCCGAAGAGGCGGUAUACACUGUUCUCGGUGGUUUGCAUGGGAAAUACGAGUUCAAGAUUGACGAGAUCCUCGUGCGCUCAACAUGGCAGCCCAGCAUCGCAGUGGCUAGAACGUGGGCUACACCGGAUCAUCGCGUCUUCAUUGCUGGAGAUGCGGCGCAUCAGAACAUCCCUACCGGGGGAUACGGGAUGAACAUGGGUAUUGGCGAUGCGUAUGACCUAGGCUGGAAGCUGGCAGCUGCAAUUCAAUACGGUGGGCGCGGGCUGCUCGAAUCAUACACCGCCGAGCGCCGUCCCGUAGCUUUGCGCAAUGUAGAGCACUCGGGUGUGCAUAUGAAAGUUCAUUCUGAUAUCGCUCAGUUUUUCGAAGGUGGCGACCCUCAUUGCGUCGACUCGCCCACGGAAGAGGGUGAAGCGCUGCGGAGACGGCUGCAUGAGCACUACCAGGAACACGAUGGCGAGAACAAGGAUUUUGGUAUCGAGAUGGGCUAUAUCUACGAGUCUGGUAUUCUGCAGCUGCCACAGCCCGGGAAGGUCAAACCGCGUUUUCGAGCGUCGCAGUAUACACCUACGACGUGGCCGGGUAGUCGAGCUCCGCACGUUUUCUUGUUGGAUGGAUCUUCCAUCUUUGAUCGUCUCGGCACGGACUGGUCUCUUGUGACAUUCACAGCCCAAAGUGCGUAUAGUGCUCAGCUAUUGCUCGACGCUGCAUCUUCGCUUUCGAUCCCCAUCAAGCAUAUAGAUCUUCGAGCUGAGCAGCAUGCGCAUAGUAUCUGGGAACGCGAUAUCGUUCUUGUUCGUCCCGACGAGCAUGUAGCCUGGAGAGCUAACUCUGUCGGCAAUGCCCAUGAAGCGCAACAUGUCAUGCGGUUGGUGAUAGGUCUGGGAGUGGAGAAAGGGGACGCUGGUCGGAGAGACAGUAAGGCGGGUUUCCCGGGUCAAAUUUUCACUGCGACAUCAGCGAUGGAGACACAGGUACAUGAUUACAAACUAGAGCAGAUGGGUGAGUUCCAGCGUUAA